AAAURUGCGGUGAUGCAUUGAGCGCUGCAGUCAAUGGAUCGGGUAAACAUYUGUUUAAAGUGUCAGUCAGACCAUCCAGAUACAGUAGUUAGUCAUGAUGGAGGAUUUCUCCGGCCUGGCCCUGCCGCCUCUCUUUGGGGGCCACAUCCUGGAAGCAGAGCUGGAGCCAGGUGGUGUGGAACUGGGCCCAGGGGAGGUAGAGCUUGGCCCUGGGGUCAGCGAGUUGCUAGAGGGCAGAGGUCAAGGGUCAGGAGCAAGGCCAGAGCAGCAGCAGGAGGAGAGGAGAGAAUUGGAGAAAAGGAAGUACCUGGCUUUGAUCAAGAGGUGUAAGGAGAUCGAACAGGUGAAUGAGAAGAUCCUUGGUCGCCUUCACCAGGUACAAAGACUAACACGUCGCAUGAAGAAAGAGAGAAGGUUCCUAAUGAAGACCCUCGACGCCCAUGGAGAUGACUAUAGAAAUGCACAGCUCACCAUAUCGCUUGAGUGGGAUCCAAGAAGAAGAGGCAUCGAGUUCRAAAACAGGAGAAAGACCCACAGACUGAAGCAGACAUCRCCAUGUUGGCAGAGACGCAGUUCAGUGACUUUCCCAGCCCAACCGCWUUGUCUCACUGACCAGGGGAAUGGCCGGCUGCUAGUGGGAGGAGAAAUGAGGCAGCAUUCUGUUGCUUGGACUCCCACUURCCCAGARGUGAUGUCACUGAAACYCAUACAGCCAGGGCUCUUUGGGAUGUUCUGAAAGUUGUARUGGGCUUGAGUUCUGAAAUAAUGGAAUAGGAUGAAGCUACACCUGAUCUAAGGUUCUACUACAUGGAUGCUGUCUACAGAACCUUGCAGAUAGAAAUGAAAAACAUAGUGGAUAAGAUUAUCAUUUAUGCACAACUAUGGUCUAUGGAAAUGGCUGAAGGUCUUGACCAUGGUAAUCCACCCAUUCUGCUCGAGUAGAGAAUGCAUGGUCCGGUCCUUGCGGAAGUUACAUUGACAGUACAUGUAUUGAUGUGAACCUUUUAUCAGGAUACUCUGAACAUGUUUUAUGAUUGUUUGUCGACGUGAUGCUUACUAAAUGUUCCGUAUAAAAUGUUUAUUCAGAA